AUGGCGGCGGCGGCCGGUCCCACGCGGCUGCUGGAGGUGUGCGGGCAGCGCCUCUCCCGGCUGCUCCACGACGCCCGGCACAAGCGCCUGGCCUGGCUGCGCGCGGCCGAGGAGCAGGGCAUGCGGCUGCUGCACAGCAACUUCGGGGCCGAGCCGCAGCUGGUGCCCAAGACGCCGUCGCAGAGGAGGCGCCCGCGGAAGAGGCCGUCGGCCUCGCUGAGGGACGAGAGCAGGGAGCCGACCCGCAGGAGGUUAUCCAGGAGGAGGAGCAGCGCCAAGCUGGCAUCCUGCAAGCCGGCUUCCCAGCGGCGCUGGAGCAGGGAGCUGCCCCAGGACCGUGGUGCUCCAGCGGGAGAGGUGCCAGAUGGAGGUGCAGCAGAGAUCCCAGCACUGCCUCACAAACCAACACCCGAAACGGAGGUCCUGGCAGCUGAACCAGGCGGUCCCGACAGCCCUGGCGCCGAGCCGAGGACGGGAGCCAGCGCCCGGAGCRGCCGGGAGCGGGAGCAGAGCCCCCACGUGGGCACCUCCACUCCCAAGGCCGACGGAAGCGGGAGCCCCGCGGCUGAUCCCGGAGCUCCGUCUCCGCAGGACCCGGGACAAGGGCUUUUCCAGGACGCCUCCGGCAAAGGGCCCGCGGCGAGGGCCAAGGCGCGUCGCUCCUCCGCGCGCCGCCGCCGGAGCCACCGGGCCUCCUUGGCCGGAAAAUAUUCCCUGGCCGGCAAAAGGGAGAGCAUGAUCCGCAGAUCCAUCGGCAGGGCCRUGGCGAGGAAGGCAGCGGCUCGGGAGUCGUCCUCUGCCUCCAGCAGACUGAGCUGUCAAAGCAACGGGGAGGUGUUCGAGGAAGACGACGUGACCGGUGAUGUGAGAGCUGGACUGCAACAGAGCCCCCAGAGUGAAAAGGCUCCGGAGAGCUCCCUUGCUGCAAGCCAAAGGAUGCAAGCGGCCGGCCCUGCAGCACGGCACCCACCUCCCGCUGAGCAGCCAGCGGGGAGCAGCCAAGGAAGCUGUGGAAAUGCAACCAGCGAGCCCCAGAAGGAGAACCAGGAGCAAGCCCACAGUGCCAAGCCCCAGGAGAAGCCCUUGCGUAUCUGGACACGGAGCUGCAAACAGGCCAUGGGUGCCAUGUGGGACAGGCAGCAGCCAGGAGCCCGGGCCCUUUCCCCUCUGGAAGAGAAGCAUGUGGAUUGUGCAAACCACGCGGCAUCUCCAGCCAGCAAGGUUGUCCGGCCCUUGAAGAACUUCCUGCAGGCCGUGCAGAGGAACCAGCUGCUGGCCAGCCCGGGCGCYGCGGGGCGAGGGGGUGUCAUAAGGAACCUCAUCAAGCGCAACACUCCCACGCGGCCCGAUCCAAAGGGAGACUUUGUUGAGAGAGAGCGGCAGAGGCUGGAAAGCCUCAGGAAGAAGCAGGAGGCUGAGGAACAGAGGAAGCAGAAAGUGGAGGAGGAGAAGAGACGGCGGCAGGCAGAAAUGAAGCAAAAGAGGGAAGAGCGGCUAAGGAAGGCGCUGCAGGCUCGGGAGCGGGUGGAACAAAUGGAAGAAGAGAAGAAGAAGCGGAUGGGACAGAAGCUUUUGCAGAGUGACGAGAAGGUUCGCCUCCCGCAAGCCCGGGAAGAGAAACUGGGAGAGGAGAAGAGCAAGAAAAAGCUCUCCAAGAAGGCUGAAGAAGCUGGUGCCCAGAAACAGAAAGCACUGAGGAUGGACGACUACGAGUCUGAGCAGCAGGAGCUCCUGCAGAGAAGGAGAGAGGAGGAAGUGAAAGAAAAGGGCAAGAGAGUCUUGGAGCUGAAGAAUCUGGUCGAGCAGCGGCAGGUGGAACAAGCGAAGGAGAGGGAUCCCAAACCAUGGGGAAAGGAGAAGGCUGCCUCGCCACAGCUGGAGCUCGGAGCUUUCCGUGGGAAAAAAAUAAAGGAGGAGGAGAGCCCGACAGAACUGCCCCAGCUGCUUGGUCUGGAGAAGAGAGGCAAAGCAGCAGAAUUCCCUGCCCCUGCUUCUAAUCCAUGGCUCAAAGUGGUGAAGGAGGAAGGGAGUCUGCAGGAGCCUCCGCAGCAGGCAGGAGAGGAGAAGGAGAGAAAGCAACCGGAAUUGAAGCCUGCUGCUUGCAGCACUUGGCAGAGCAAAGCCAUGAAGAAAUCUGUCUCCACGUCCUGCUUAGGAUCACCACAGGAAUCCAGGCCCCCCAAAGUCAGUGAAAAUAAUUAUGGGAUGGAUCUGAACAGCGACGACUCCACAGAUGACGAGGAUGAUCCCCGUAAGCCUGUCCCUUCCUGGGCCGAUGGGUCCCAGCUUAAUCAAGCUAUUUUACACCAGUACUAUCACCCGGUGAAUGUUGACCAGCUCUUUGGGUCGAUUGCAAGCCCUAAACUGGAGGAUAUCUUUGGCAAGAGCAAACCUCGGUACUUCAAACGUACCAGCUCGGCCGUCUGGCAUUCCCCACCUGAGGCAAAACCCACGUAUGGCACGUCUUGCAUCUUCAAAAACUGAGAUAAGGCCGAGAAGGGUCUCCUCCCUGGGUGGUAUAUCCCUUGGCCUUUUGAGAGUGCAGAAUAUUUCUGGUUUUAAUCCUUGAUUUUGUAUGAAAAUAAAAGUA